AUGGGGCUAUCCCACACUGACAGGAAACCUACACCUCAAUGUAUACGACGACGGUCACAACGCCCUACGACAUCGGCCAGUACAGAAACUACCGGCACAAUUGCAACUAUUGCAACCUCGGCCAGUAUAACAACAACAUUAUCAGCAGACAACACUAUAUUAGAAACGUUCACGACAAGUACCAUUCCGAUGAGCACCGAUAUUACAUACGAAGAAAACGAAGAUCCGAUCAAAGAAAAAUACGCUGUUAUUGAUCAACCCGUUUAUCCUCGAACACUUAUUCGAAAGCCGAGUAUAGCCUAUACGAUUUACAGUGCAUUCGAUGACUUCCCUACUGAAUCAGGCAGAAGCAGACCGACAAGUUCAGAUACAAUGAGAAGUGCCAACGAUAUAAAUCUGAGUCAGUUAAAAUCACCACGAUCAUCCAGAAGUCCGAAACGAUGGCCAAGACGUAUUGAACCGAUUGGUGGUUCCAAAUCGCAACAACCGUCAACAGCUAGAACUAGUAAUAUCAAUAUUCCUGAACGAAAACCCGUUAGACUUGCACAAACCAAAUCCAGACACCCUCCUUCAUCCUUGGCCCAACCUUCAAGAAAAGUUACGCCGAAAGUUUUCAUUUACAAUCCACCAUUACUAUAG